AUGGCUCCUCGAAGUGUUAAGAUUGUCGAGGUCGGUCCCCGCGAUGGUCUUCAGAAUAUCAAGAAUAUUGUACCAACACAUACGAAAAUAGAACUUAUUCGGAGACUUGCAAAAACUGGAUUAUCUGUCAUCGAGUCCACAUCCUUUGUUUCACCGAAAUGGGUUCCACAGUUGGCAGAUGGGCCCCAAGUCCUGACUGGCCUUCAAGCGAUAAUCUCAACAAGCGAUACUAUUUCAUUUCCAGUUCUCGUCCCAAAUGUGAAAGGACUAGAGCUCGCAUGCCAUAAUGGAGCAAAAGAAAUCGCAGUGUUCGUGUCUGCGAGUGAAGGAUUCAGCAGGAAGAAUAUCAAUUGCAGUGUUGAGGAGUCUUUGGUCAGAGUUCAAGCCGUGGCCACAAAGGCCAGAAUUCUUGGCGUCAAAAUCAGAGGCUAUGUUUCAUGUAUAUUCGCGGACCCUUACGAUGGCCCUACAAAGCCAUCGCAAGUUAUCAAGGUCACACAAGCUCUUUUACAAGCAGGCUGCUAUGAAGUCAGCCUUGGAGAUACUACCGGGGUUGGGACUGUCGCCGAAGUGGAAUUGCUCUUGAAUGAGAUGCUCAAGGUUGUACCAGCGGAUAAGUUAGCAGGGCACUUUCAUGAUACGUAUGGACAGGCAAUCGCCAACGUGAUCAAAAGCUAUGAUAUGGGACUUCGGACAUUUGACAGCAGUGUUGCUGGUCUAGGAGGUUGCCCUUUCGCAAAGGGUGCAAAAGGAAAUCUUGCCACAGAGGACCUUGUCUAUACCAUGGAAAAGCUAGGCAUUCAAACAGGCGUUAACUUGGGCCAGGUGGUCGCAAUAGGCUCAUGGAUAUCACAAGAGCUUGGUAUUCCAAACAGCAGCCGAGCUGGAGCGGCACUUGCGGUACAUUUACCCAGCCCCAAAGUUUUGGAAACCGGAAAGAAUUCGAAACGCGCCUGGAAGAUGUUAGAGUCCUCACCGGGUUACUCUGUAUACCAGAGUGGAGCAAACGUCAAAGUUCUCUUGACAAAUGAAAAGAGUGGCAACGCGUUGACAAGCUCAAUGGUUGAAGCUAUCACUCGGCUCUUCAAGCACUUUUCGACUGAUGAUAGCGUGUUUCGAAUCAUCCUCACUGGAAAAGGAAAGUACUUUUGCACAGGCAUGGAUCUCAAAAGCGCUGGAACUCCGGAAGAACAAUUUUCUGGUCUCCGUGGUCUCUUUCACACUAUCGACACAUGCCCCAAGACAACGAUUGCAGCUAUAAAUGGUCCUUGUCUUGGAGGCGGCGUUGGACUUGCAUUUGUUUGCGAUAUACGACUUGCUACCUCUGGGGCUACAUUUAAACUUACCGAAGUCCGCCUUGGUCUCUCCCCCGCGACCAUCUCGAAAUACAUCGUUCGCGAAUGGGGUUUCGGCUUUGCGCGGUCGGCAAUAUUGACCGCUCGAAAUGUCUCAUCAUCAGAGCUGGAAGGCCUUAAAAUCGUGCACCAAGUCGCGGCAAGCCAAGAAGAUUUGGAAGUUAAGCUUGAUGACAUGUUAGAUGAGAUGCGCUUCGUAGCGCCAGGAGCAUCAUCCCUGAGUAAAAGCCUUCUAGGAGCAGCUUGGACCGAUGCUGGUGGAGAGUCACAGGCCAAAACUAUCGAAAAUGUCUUUAAACGCAUGAUGGCUCAGGAUUCGGAGUCUACUUUUGCACGGAAGGAGUUCCGGCGAGGAGUCAAGGGGGUGGAUUGGGAGGCAUUAUUGAAACAACCCAAGUCUAAACUAUAG